AGAUCCUCUACUGAAAUCUUAUGGCCUCGGCUCGAGGAAAAACACAGGUACACCGACUAGAAAUAACACCGUUCAUCAGGUUCAAUCUAUAGCAAAAUCCUUUGGAAGGAGCAGCACUGAUAGGUUGCCGGAAGAGUCAUUUGCUGGUUUCAAGAUUAAAGAUGGAUACAUCUUUAAAGGGAUUGUUGCUGCGGGACCUGCCGUGGCUCAAGCCUGUGGUUGUGUACAACCUCCUCCGGUGGUCGACAGUGUGGCACCUUAUGCUGCUAUUGAAAACAUAUCGGUUCAGACAUUAACUCCUGUGUAUAAGGUAGGGAUGGAGCCUUUGGUGAAAUCCAUGACUCCGCCAAUGAAAGCUUCGGAACUGUGGCGGGAUAAGCCGACUGUUCUCCUAUGCAUUCAACGGCCAGGGUGCAUCAUGUGCUGAGCUGAAGCUCACCAGCUCUAUGCCAAAAAGCCAAUAUUUGAUGCACUGGGAAUCCAAAUGUUUGCAGUUCUUCAUGAACAUAUAGAAUCAGAGGUAAAUGACUUUUGGCCACGCUAUUGGGGUGGGGUUGUGAUAUUGGAUCGUACAAUGGGGUUCUUCAAAGCUCUUGGAGUUGGGAAACUACUUAAAGACAAUUUUCUAUCAGGAUUUUUGUUCAAUCCUCGGGCUAUUGCAAACUAUAAACGUGCAAAAGCUCUGGGAAUACACCAGAAUUUUAAAGGAGAAGGUGAAAUUAAGGGUGGCCUUUUCAUAGUUGGUCAAGGAGGAAAUGGAAUUGCUUACCUGCUUAUAGAGAGGAAUUUUGGGGAUUGGGCUCCUGUACCUGAAAUUCUAGAGAUAUGUGCUAGAUUACAGGAUCAGCAGCAAGAUGGAGAUUCAAUCAAAUCAUCACAAGAAUACAAGUGAGGUGCCUUCUCAUAGUUCUUAAUUUUAUACUUGCAGAUUCAUCAUACAAAAUAGUACUCGUAAUGGCGUUUAUUAGUGUGGAACUGAGAGCUUCACAGUUUUU